AUGGAAGGCCCUAUAUUUGUCAAGCGCCGUAUUAACUUCAGACCAAGCCUUCCGAUAACGCAUUUGAUAUCAUCCAAUGGCCGCGUGGUGAUUGGAAUGAAAGAAGCAAAGGUGUUGAGGAUCCUUGUUCAAAACCCUGAUUCUGAGAACGAGGUGAAUUUGUCAGCGAUAAACGGUGACGAAAUAUUGCUCUUGUUUCUGGACCCGUCUGGUCAACAUCUGAUCGCAACCUUGUCGUCCGGCGACACGUUUUAUUUACACUGGACAAUGAAGAAGCCAAAAUUGUUGACAAGACUUAAGGACCAGAUUUUGACCAGUGUUGCUUUCAUUCCAGAAAGCAGCAAGAACGGCUCGACGGGUUGUGUACUCAUGGGAACUUCUAAAGGACACGUUUUUUCUCGUUUGGAGGAAAAUGUGACAGACGAUGCGGAAGCUGAACUUAGCGCAUGUGGCUUCACUGACCUUUCCACUUUCCCGUACUGUAUCAGGUUUUCCUCCGGCAUCGAGAUUGGUUCCAUUUGUACGGAAAAAGCUGAUCUCUCAGAAUGCAUUCAGAAUCGACGGUUCAUGAGAUAUUCCGAUAUAUGUGACGAAAAAUUGCCCUGCACCGGAAUUGUUGUCACUGAAUUUCACACGUUGCUGACGUUCAAAAGGUGUUUGUAUGCGGUCUUCACAUUGAGUGGCGAGGUGGUGCUGAAGGACAUUUUCACUGAUAAAAUGGGCGAUGUCGUUGGCGUAACUCGUGAUCCUAUAUCCGGUUUUAUCUGGGUGUAUACGAACGAUGCGGUGUUUAAAUAUGGACCAGAAGAAGAGACCAGGUUUGUGCAAGGGAAUGUUUUAUGUCGCAUGACAAAUGGAAUUAUUUAGAC